AUGAAUAAAGUGCGUGUGAAAAUAUUGCGUUUGAAGAAAAUUCUUUCAAACAUUACUAAUACCAACUAUCCGAUGACAAUGAACUUCCCUCAUAUUAAAAAUAGUUACAAAAGAAGCAACGAGUCUAUUGAUGAGUUCUUUAUGGAACCAGCAAAGAAGAAAAUUAAAACAAAAAGAUCGUCAACAGUGGGUCGUCCGAAUAAAAACUCCUAUGUGUCAACUGACAGAGAUAAUGGCACAGUUGCUAAGCAUCAUAAAAAUAGAGGUGUACGAACUCAAGAAGUUGGAGAAUGUAGACCAGUCGUAACAUUUGAAACACGCUGA